AUGUCAACCAAAUUAUUUAAAUUAAUUAAAUUAUUUUUAUUUUUUGUUUUUAUUAUUAAAAAUGUAAAUUGUGGAUGUUGUUUGAGUGCACAACGAGAAGCAGAUGGUGGCAAUAUCGUUCAUGAUCCUCAACACGAUGUUGUACCAGACGAAUUAGAUCAACUUCCAGAAGAAUAUGGAGGAUGGGAUGAACAUGAUGGUGAAGAGGGAAAUAAUGAAUGGCAACACAAUGUAGAAGAAGAAGAUGACGAAGAUGAGCAAAUCCCCCAAGUCGAAAAUUUUGAAGAUCCAGAGGAAGAGGAUAAUGAAGAGGAUAAUCAUUUUAACUUCCCCGCUCUUCUCGCUAAUGAUAUCCCUGACUUUGAUCAGGGGGAUACUACAACCACAACAAGUCUUUCAGCAGGAGCACCACGCACUAGCAGUGAUUCUAAUUGA